GGCGCAAGUCCAAGUUUUUGCGCGAAAACGACACUCGUGCAGCUCCGAACUUUUUGCAGACGAGUAUACACGCACACUCGCUCGCUGAUCCGGUGCAAUAGUCGCACGCCAAAGUUUUUAUUUCAACAAGAGACGUUCGUUGCAGUGCUACUUUUAUAUAGAUCCUUGUCGAACAAUAUAUCGAAUUGUGCCGGUGCGAUGACGCUGAUCCCCGACUAGUGUCAAGCCUGCCGCACUCACGUACGUACUGCACGCAAGCGAACUUGAUACAGCCUCUCGCGCGAGCUGUGCGAUCCGCAAAGGUGUGUUAUCGAGGCGAGGCGCUCGAGGGUGUGCAGGUGAUAAGAGCACACGGCAGCAGCCCAAGCAAGGAGGAAAGUGUCUCGAGGGUUAGGCGGCAUGAGAAGUACGAACGCGCCACCGAGAAGGAGCAGUAACAUCAGCCCCGAGAAGCCGAGACUAGGCAGGGGCUAAAGUCGACUCUCUCUCUCUCUCAAGUGCUGAGACAACUUCCUCGCUCUACACGUACUCUCCGCUGCGCAACGUGAGUUUUCUUUCGCUUUCGGCCCGCCAUCCGUGCAAGCACCAACAAUAACAACACACACAACGACCAAACAUGAGAUGGCUGGAGAAACUACUGCUGCUGGUGCUGCUCUACGCCGGCGUGCCGAGACUAAUUCAGCCUCCCAAGGCUGAGGCUUUUCUCGAAACCAGAGGCUGCAAUCGAACACUCAGAAAUUCCGUUGGAUGGAUUCGAUGGACUGGCCGAAUGGGAAAAUGUAUCGUCAGAUUACGAGCACCUUUGAAAGACCCACAGGUUAUAGAAAUGCGAAUAAGGAGAAUGCAAGUUGGAGUUUUGAAAAAUUCACGAUGCGAGGGGGCGCACGUACAGUUUUCCGAUGAACAAGAGGAUCUUGACGAAAAUGCCGGCCGUUACUGUGGUCACGUAACUGGAAAUACGACCAGGUUAUUUUUGCGCCGAGGUCCUGACCUGUCCGUAAUUUUGGAUUCCGAAACACGUUUCGCUGCCGAGAACCCGGUGAUCUUCUCGGCACAAUACUCAAUCCUUCCGGCUCGAUUGGCUAACGAGCGCCACCACAUACAGCGCAAUAUAGCGUCUUUGCCGUUGGCCACCACCUUGAGCGGCGACUGCCCCUUGGAAUGUACACAGCGCAACGACCGUAAAAUGUGCCGACUCGUCUCGCCCGGCUAUCCUGGAAUAUACCCAAGAAACAUACGAUGCAGGGUGGAGCUCGAGUCGAGCGCCGGACGCUUUCGAAUAGGCGGCGGACACGAGGACGUUUACAACUUGAUGAAUCACACGAGCCAGGAGGCCUGCAGCACCGAGUUCUGCGAGCAGGAGCACGUGGAGCUCGGCUCGAUGGCCAUGCCCAGCGCCGACCAGCCCGAGGAGGAGCGUAUCAACCUGAACAGGCCCAAAACUGAUCUGGACGAGCUAGACGAGAUAAUAAUCGGGCAAGAAAAGCCGAGCGAGGAAGAGGAAAACUCGCGCCAGCAGCAGCAGCAGCCAAAGAAGCGACGGAGGUCAAAGGGCAAGCAGCAUCAGCAGCAGCUGCAACAAGCUCGGCACUCCGAGGACUUGGACGCGUUGCCAGAUGACGAUAAGGAGGAUACGGAUCAUUCUAGCAACAGACCAACGGACGGCUCCAGCGAGUCGGAGCCAUUUAUCAAUGAGCUGCUCCGACCGAAAAAUAGGAAGCAGCAUCGAGAUAAGCAACUUUUUUGGCCGAAGCACAGGAGAGAAUCAGAGAGCGAAUCGCACGAUAGAUCAAGCUCGCACCGUCAGCGUCGGACCGGAGGUCAGCAGCACCGGCACUUGCGCAAGGGCCGACGACCGCACGACAGUCUGGUCGAGCAGGCGCACUUGGGCAGCGGCAGCUGCGUCGGCGACUAUCUCGCCCUCAUGGAGAACUUCAACGGUCGCCUGCUGGAGAUCGGCAAGUUCUGCGGCGAGGGUCACUUCCCGCAGAUCCUGACGCGCGGUCGCAACCUCGUGGUGGAGUUUCGUGCCGAGCGCGACGGCACCGUGAUGCACGACGGCUUCCAUCUGAGCAUACAGGAGAGCGAGGCACCGGCCGCGGCUCUCGCUGCGGCGGCCGAUCUGUCGCUGGCUCUGCCGGCCCAGGCCGAUCGCCACAAGCCGCCCAGCUGCGACUUUACCUUACGGAGCAACGACAAGGCCAAGGACAGCGUCAAGUCCUUGCGUAGCUGGUACCCGCCGGAGACGCUGUGCAAUUAUCGAUUCGUCGGCAAAGUCAAUGAGAGGGUGUCGGUUCUUUUGAAAAUCGUGCGCGAAGAGACGGAGAACGGAGACGAAAAAUCGGCUAAGAAGAACGCGACGAGCGCCUCGGACCACUGCACGGGCAACGAGAUUGCGGUGUACAACGGCACCGAACCCCAAGGGGCUUUUCUCCUCUGGUCCUUUUGCGACGCUACUCAUACGGACAUUAAUAACAUUCAGGUACCGAUAAUGUCAACGAAUAACUUGCUGCUGAUUCAAUUCUACAGCGCAACUGGUUCGUACGAUGGCCAAGACUUCACGUAUUCCAUAACGUAUAAAUUCGUGAGAAAGGCAGCGUCAGCAACGUCUGGGAACGCGACGAAACGGCCGCGUCAGGGAGGCUCGUCGCCCCCCUCGUCCUCCCUACCUCUGCUGGAGGAGAACGAGUCGCGGCUCAUAUCGCUCAAGCCGGUGAACCUGUCGAGUCUGAAUCUGGACGAGGCCGAGGGCUGCAAUUGCAACUUCGCCGAUCGCAUCGGCAGCUUCAAGUCUUGGUUCGUCGUGCUCGUGGUCCUCGGCGUCAUAUCGUUCGCCGGGGCCUUGGCCACCGUCAUCGCCCUCAUCUGCAAGUGCGUGAGGAAUCGCAGAGCCGAGAAGAAGCUCAUCCAGCGGACCCCCAAACGGUCCUCGUUUUAUUACAAGGGCCCGACCGACUGACACAGCGCCCACAUUUAUUACGCGCCCGAGUGACAAGCCCAAAUACAACUGAGUUACCAAUAAUUUUUUAAGACUUUUAACGUGCGGCCUCUCGUGCUUGCCAAAGAGAGAAGACUGAUCGGAGAGACUGUGAGUGCAUAAAUUUAAAAUAAAAGACGGACAUAGCGAAAAACAAAUGAGAGCGAAAGAGAAACUGUGAAUUGUUCGUCGUGAAAAUAAAUGUAAUAUACUAUAUUAUACCAUAUUAGCUAACUAAUGUAAAAUUAUUUUAUAUGCGCAUGGCCGUAACGCUACGCUCAAAAAACCUAACAGUGAUUCGUUUGUACGUAAUUAUACGAUAAUAGACUAUAAGUGUAAAGAGUCAGUUUUUAAUUUUAUUGAUUGUUAGUUUCGACAAAUACCAUACGAUCGACAAA